AUGCACUCGGUUUCAAUCAAGGUGUCGGGGCCCGACUCGUCGCCCGUCUUCCACCUCUCGACCUCGGUAUUCAGCUACAUCUUCCAUGUCAACGAGGUGGGCGACCUCGUGCUCGACCACUACGGCGCGCCAGCCACCGCCCCGACGCCGGAACCCGACACGGAUGUCGUCGGGUGGAUGCGCGUGCAGCGCCGACGCGAGUUUCCAGACGUUGGACGCGGCGACAUGCGCCUGCCCGCCAUCCACAUCUCGCACGCCGGCAGCGGCGGCCACACGGUCAGCGCAUUCGCAUACAGCUCGCACACAAUCAUCGACGGCAAGCCGCCCCUCCCCGGGCUGCCGGCGACGUUUGGUAACAGCAAUGUUGUCAAGACGCUCCAGGUCACCAUGGUGGACAAGUACAGCGACGUCGAGGCUGUGCUGAGCUACUCGGUGUUUGGGUGCGGCGCGCUGGCGAGGAGCUGGGCGCUCGCGAACAAGGGUUCGGCCGAUAUCACCCUUGAGCGCGCGGCGAGUAUCUGUGUCGAUUUCCCGUCGGACGACCUCGAGUUCAUCCACCAGUACGGCAACUGGGCGCGCGAGUGCAUGACGGUCCGCCGCAAGGUUGAGCAAGGAACCCAAGGCUUCCAGAGUCUUGCAGGCUACGCAUCGCACCUGUACAACCCUUUCUUCGCCCUCGUCCGCCCCGGCACGACCGAGCGUACCGGCGAGGCAUGGGGGUUUAACCUCGUGUACUCUGGCUCGUUCUCCGCCGAGAUUGAACGGUGUUGCCGUGGCUACACUCGUGCACUCAUCGGCCUCAACCCCAUGCACUUGAGCUGGAAGCUCGCUCCAGGAGAAACCUUUACAGCCCCGGAAUGCGUGACGGUUUAUUCGCCCAAUGGUCUCGGCGGCAUGUCGCGCGCCUUCCACAAGGUCUACCGCAACCAUUUGUCGCGCUCGGAGCACACCCUGCAGACCCGCCCCACUCUCCUCAACAACUGGGAAGCAACUUACUUUGACAUGGACGAGAACAGCCUCUUCCCCAUUGCCCGGACGGCCGCCGAGCUGGGAGUCAAGAUGUUUGUGAUGGACGACGGAUGGUUCGGAUCCACUCACCCGCGCGUCAACGACAGCGCUGGUCUGGGAGACUGGGUUGUGAACAAGGACCGCUUCAAGCACGGCCUCAAACCGUUUGUCGAGCGCAUCACGGCCCUCAAGGCCGGCGACAAGAACAUGAAGUUUGGCAUCUGGGUCGAGCCCGAGAUGGUCAACCCCGUCAGCGCACUGUACGAGGCACACCCGGACUGGGUGCUCCACGCUGCCGACCUGCCCCGCUCCGAGGGUCGCAACCAGCUCGUCCUCAACCUCGGCCUCAAGGACGUGCAAGACUACAUUAUCGACGCCAUCGGCGCGAUCCUCGCCAGUGCAGACAUUUCAUAUGUCAAAUGGGACAACAACCGCGCCAUGCACGAACUCGCCCACCCCAGCGACGCACACAAGUACAUGUUGGGCAUAUACCGUGUCAUUGACUCGCUGACCACUCGUUUCCCGCACAUCCUGUGGGAAGGGUGUGCGUCCGGCGGCGGCCGGUUCGAUCCUGGUCUUUUGUAUUACUGGCCUCAACACUGGACGUCGGACAACACCGACGCCCACGACCGCCUGUACAUUCAGUUUGGCACGAGUCUGAGCUACCCGGCCAGCAGCAUGGGAUGCCAUGUCUCGGCCGUGCCCAACCACCAAACGCAGAGAAUCACGCCCUUCUCCUUCCGCGCACAUGUGGCCAUGAUGGGCGGCAGCUUUGGCUUUGAGCUCGACAUUAACAAGCUCAGCGACGAGGACAAGGCCCAGAUCCCCGGUCUGAUUGCGCUGUCCGAGGAAAUCUCGCCGCUCGUCAUCACAGGCGAGAUGUAUCGCCUCGCUACCCCGUGGGAGUCCAACUGGCCCGCCGUCCAGUAUGUCGCUCAGGAUGGCACCAAGUCGUUUGUCCUGCUGUACCAGGUCCGUGACGCUGUCAUCCACAACCAGAUGCCGCCGGUCCGCCUGGACGGCCUCGACCCGCAGGCGUGGUACGAGGUCGACGACCGUCGUGUCAGUGGCGACGAGCUCAUGCAGGUCGGUCUCACGUACCGUAUGCGGGGCGACUUCCAGAGCAAGGUGAUUCGCAUCACACGUCUGUAG